AUGGAGGGAGGAGGCGGUGCACCCCCAGAAGUCCCUGAAGAAAAUGAGUCAGGAUGCGUCCUACCUGAAAGUCGCGGAGCCAACGGUUCAAAGAGAAGCAGUUGGGGGUUCUUAUUUACCGGGAUUGUUGGCGGGACGCUGGUGGCCGUGUAUGCCGUGGCCACACCAUUUCUAACGCCAGCCCUCCGAAAAAUUUGUCUGCCUUUUGUACCUGCAACUACGAAGCAGAUUGAAAAUGUUGUGAAAAUGUUGCAUUGCAGAACAGGAUCCCUGGUCGACAUUGGCAGUGGCGACGGGCGUGUCGUGAUAGCAGCUGCAAAAGCAGGAUUCAGAGCCGUUGGUUAUGAAUUAAACCCAUGGCUGGUUUGGUACUCCAGAUACCGUGCUUGGCGAGAAGGUUACUUUCUCGCAGUACUCGAACGUCAUUAUUUUCGGAGUACCUCAGAUGAUGCCGCAGCUGGAGGAGAAACUUGCGCUGGAGCUUAAGGAUGACGCCAGGGUCAUUGCCUGCCGGUUCCCUUUCCCUCGCUGGACCCCAGACCACAUCACCGGGGAGGGUGUG